AUGGCCAAGGCUGAAUAUUUUGUCUGGGGUGUUCCAGAAAAUAUGACGUGGGAUUACUUUGAGAAAGAGUUUGGAAACACCACCGGAAUGCCACCCAUUGGAGAGGAUUCCAGACCCUGCGAGAGAUUUGCAAUAACCAACAGGCAGGCUUUAGUCAUCUUUUAUGGACUGGUGACCCUGCUGAGCUUGCUGGGAAACCCGCUUGUGAUGCUGGUCAUCUUAUCCAGGCGAAGAAGCUGCUCUGUCACCGAUGUCUACAUGCUGAACCUAGCCAUUGCCGACCUUCUCUUUUCAUCGACCCUGCCCUUCUGGGCUGUCUCCAAGUUGAAGGGCUGGAUUUUUGGCACACCCCUGUGUAAGAUGGUCUCACUCCUGAAGGAAGCCAACUUCUUCAGUGGUAUCCUGCUACUGGCCUGCAUCAGCGUGGACCGAUACCUGGCCAUCGUCCAUGCUACCAGCACACUGGCCCAAAAGCGCCACUUGGUUAAGUUUGUAUGUCUGGGCGUUUGGGCUCUAUCUUUGAUUCUUUCUCUGCCCUUUUCUAUCUUCCGCCAGGAAUACAAACCGCAAAAUUCUGAAACAGUUUGCUAUGAGGUCCUGGGUGAAGCCACGACAAGUUUUCGGAUAAUGUUGCGCGGCUUGUCCCACGUAUUUGGUUUCCUCCUGCCUCUGCUGGUCAUGCUGGUCUGCUACGGGUUCACGCUGCGCAUGCUCUGUAAGGCCCGCACGGGGCAGAAGCACAGGGCUAUGUGGGUCAUCUUUGCGGUUGUGCUUGUCUUCUUGCUCUGCUCUCUGCCAUACAACCUGGCCCUGCUCUCGGACACUCUCUUAGGAGCCGGCUUGAUUGAAGACACCUGCAAGCGCCGCAGCGACAUUGACCAGGCCCUCUAUGUCACCGAGAUCCUGGGCUUUUCUCACAGUUGUCUCAACCCCAUCCUCUAUGCCUUUGUUGGGCAAAAUUUUCGCCACGAAUUACUCAGGAUCCUCGUUAGCUGUGGCCUGGUUCGCAAGGAGUUUUUGACACGCCGUCGUGCUACCUUUCACACAUCUCUCACUAGCUGUUAA